CCCUGUGAGAAAAAUGACAAUUAUAUAUUAUAGGUACACAAAUUGUAUCUAUAGAUUUAAAUUUAAAUUAUAAAAAUUCAAAUUGUUCAAUAACAAUUAACAAAAACAUAUACAUAUAUAAAAUGAAAACUAUUAUUGCUCCAGAAGUUGAUAUGCUGAUUGUUUCACGCAGUUCCAGAAAUUCCAGAAAAUCUAUCAUGAAUUUUGCACCUAAAAUUGGGCUAACUAUGGUUAAUUAUGCCAAAUUAGAUGACAUUGAUAAUUUCUACCUUGAUUGCCAAGAAUUUAGAGACUACUACCGUGAUCCAUAUAAUAAAAUUUCUAGACCGGAAGCAUUUAAGAAACAUUAUGGAAAAUGUGGACGAAGAGAAAUUGAUAAAAAUACGGUUUCAUUAAGUUUGCCGCCAACUUGGGUCCAUGAGAAACAACCUGUAGUAUAUCCCUUAAAAUAUGACAGGAAGUUACGAUUGAAUGAAGGCAUAAUAUUAGGUGGGCAAUACGACCGCAUAUCUUGUAUCAAAUACAAACGUUGAAAAAUAAA